CCAGCUGUGUCAAUUAGUGGAAGCAUUCAACCCUCCAGUGCCGUUCAAUAAUUUCUCUAACUUGUUGAACAUGAUGAGCACCAUUCAAGCUUACAGCUUGUUCUCAUUACCUUGCAUAAAAAAGUGCAUACAAAUCACGACAGAAACCCAAGUAUUCCAAGAGAUCCUACAAAAAAUUCACCAACUUGCAAUUGAGAAUCACUUCCAGAUGGAGGGCAAAGUGAAAGAUCUUAAUGAACUUCUGGCUGAGUUCAAAGACAAGAACAUGUCUGAGCCGGCCCUUGAAAAACUCAAGGAAGGAAAUUCACUUAACAUCCAGCAGUGUAUAUUCCAGGAACAGUCAGAAAAGUUUAAUUGGAAUGAGAAGCAGAUUUAUCUAUGGGCGAAGGGUAUCAAGUCUGGCAAGAUUAAGGAAUUCUCCGACCAUGAGGCAAUUGCAGUCAUUCUCAGAGCCAACUUCCUCAUUACGGGAUACGAACUCACCAACACCCAGAUAUUGUGUAGUUUAGUCGCUCUAAAAAACUCUGAAAGUAUGAAAGGAAAGCUACUGGAAGUGGCAACUGGCGAGGGCAAAUCCACAAUCAUUUCCAUCUUAGCCAUUAUUAAUGCAUUGAGAGGCAAUAGCGUAGACAUCCUCACUAGCUCACCAGUUUUAGCCGAAAGGGAUGCGAAGCAGCAAGCUAAGUUGUACAGGUUAUUUGGCCUCUCUUGCUCUGACAAUAAUGACAAAAUUAUCUAUUUGAAAGGAGGAAAAGAUUGUUAUCUUUCCGACAUUGUUUAUGGAGAAAUGUCACAGUUCCAAUUUGACAUACUCAGGGACAAUUACAGUAAGUUGGGCACUUUGUGUGGCAGGAAAUUCAGUGUGGCCAUUGUGGAUGAGGUGGACAGCAUGUUGAUAGACGACAGUUCAAAGAUAGCUCGCCUUUCCUCGACUGUUCCUGGGAUGGACCAUUUUCAUGCCCUCUAUGUCUUCAUUUGGCAGCGCCUGGUUUCAAUCAGGAACAAGUUCAUCAUGUGCAACGGAAAGUUGUAUUUUGUUUAUGGAACUGUUAACUUUGAAAAUGGAAACAUCACUUCGGAGUAUGCUGAUGAGAAAGGCAAUGUCAUGAAAAUCACUGACUUGGAAGCUCUUUUUGCGCAAUUAGGAGAUCUGAGUCCUAUUGGUGAGGUUGUUGAAGAUGUGGACGAGUUCCUUAGAAAGUUAUUAAUUCGUUAUCUUGAUGACCAGAUGCAGCAAAAUAGAAUCUAUAUACCAAGUAAUUUCGCAGAUUUUGUGCAAAAACAAAAGUCCAAGUGGAUUACAAAUGCCGUGGAGGCCCUUAACUAUCAGGAAAAUGUCCACUAUGUUGUCCAAAACGGAGAAAUCAAGCCUGUGGACUAUCACAGCACAGGCAUUGUUCAGAGCUCCACCAACUGGAGUGAUGGGCUGCAUCAGUUCCUUCAACUGAAGCACAAUCUGAAAAUGACAAGUGAAACACUCACCACCAACUUUCUUUCUAACGUGGGACUAAUGAAAAAAUAUGAACACGUUUGUGGACUGACUGGAACACUCGGGUCAGAUACUGCCAGAGGAGUGCUCAGAAGUGUCUACAAAGUAGACCUCUUCAACAUACCACAGAAGCGCAAGAAACAGUUCCUGCAACUUGACUCCAUUGUAGCGAUGAAUGAAGAUAGUUGGCUGGAAGAAAUUAUGUCAAACAUUGUGCUGGAGACUCAAAAAGACAGAGGAAUUUUGGUCGUUUGUGAGACAAUUGAAAAUGCCAGCCAGAUCAGUGAUAUGCUGAAUAAGAAACUGCCACCAACCUCUGUCAAGCUAUACACUAUGAAUGACACAAAUCAGGAGAAAAAUGUUGAGCGAAUUUUGCCAGGGCAAGUCAUUAUUGCCACAAACUUAGCUGGCAGAGGCACAGACAUAAAAACGGAUGAAAUAGAAGCAACUGGUGGGUUGCACGUCAUUUUGACGUUCAUGCCACCCAACCAGAGGGUUGAAGAUCAAGCUUUUGGCAGGACUGCCCGGCAGGGCAAGCGUGGCACUGGUGUCAUGAUCCUCAAUGCUCGUAACAUGGACGGUUAUUCCACCACCACAACCGCAGUGUCAACAGGAACUAUGAAAGCUCAGAGAGAUGAAAUAGAGAAACAGCAGCUCCAGAUUUUCCGAGACCAAGAACUGGAACUCAUCCAAGUGAAAGACAAGCUUUUUGACACAUUUUGCUCGUUCUUGAAUGAUGAAAUUAGAGUUAAGAUUAGAAAAAAGACUCAAACUAAAAUAAAAAAAUUGCUGAAUUGGUUCACUGACAUUGAGCCAACUGUGUAUGAGUGUUGCGUGUUGUCAGCUGUUGAAGAACAAUGGGCAGGCUUUCUGGGCAAACUGGAUGAUAGAGUCAUAAAAUGUGAAGAAGCAGCAGAAAAAUGCAGCGCUUUGAUUGAUCAGCUGCGAAAUGACUUCAAAAAUGAGCAACUAAUUAAAAACCCGUACUACUUCAUAACUAUUGCAAAUGACAUGCUUGUGAACACUUGGGGGUCUACCACGUCAAACACGAAAGAUGCCCUUGGUUAUUUCCAGAAAGCUGUGGAACUGGAACAAAAGUGGCAGCAAAAAAAGCAUGAUGAAAAGCCCAAAAAGUCAGAUGGCAAAGAUAGUGAUUCGGAGGGGUCGAAAUCUGAUCCAGCUACUGACAAGAACGAAGAUAUUUACACACCAGGAGCCGCACAUGUGGGCAUAGCCUGGUGCAUGCUUCGCUUGAAAGAGGAAGGAUACAAAGAUAAGGCUUUAGCUUCAUUCAAAGUUGCACUUAAGUGCCUUGCAGGUGAGAUGAGCACGCUUAAUGCCGCCCAAUUGCUACUAAACAAUCUGGAGCAUAAACAGUCUGAAUUUGAAAACAGCCCGCUGUGUAAGCAGUUAAACACGAAAACAACGAUACUUGGUUCAUACCUGAAUGGAAUCAAUGCUUCUAUAAAUGCACUGAAGAGAUCGAAGCGAAUGCUGGACCUUGUAGCAGUCAAGCGUCAUGAAGUCACUUCUGGAGAGCCAUGCAUUUUAGAAACACUUACCUACUACACUGAACUAGAAAGGAACGAUGAAGACAAGCACAAAUUCACUAAUGAAAACCUGAAACUGAAUGAUGAAGAAAUUUACUCACUCACUUUCAAUCACUUGACAUGCAGACAAGAUUCAGGAACAAUUGAUCAAGCUUGGAUCACAAUCGAUAAUGCAUUCGAUGAAAAGCUCCUGGCCAAAGAAACUCAGACGCUCUCCAAGUUAAAAGCUUUGAGUACAGCUGUUAAGUCCAAGUUUUCAUCCGAUGAAUAUAGCAGCCUGGCCCAGGGAUCAUGCAACAUCAAAAUAAAUCUGAAUCAGGUUGACCUCUCCACUGUCAGCAGUGUUUUGUUUAACCCAGACCAAGAGUUUAAGGAUUUGACGUAUGAAACUACACUAAUGAAGCUCAAAGAAAAGCAAUCUUGCUUACACUAUUGUAGGCUGACUAACUCGCCCAAGGCCGAUCUUUUAAUUCACUCCAAUGAUGACAUAAAUCUCAAAGAGCAAUUCAAUGACAAACAAAUUAACGAACUGCUUGAAAUUGUCAAACAAAAGCGGAACAAUCCAUCCCUGCGGUUCGACAUUGUGUUCAGGAAAGCUAACGAAAACCCACUUAAUAGUCUCUUCAAAUCAGACAAUAAAUCCUGCAGUUCUUCAGUCGUCCUGCAUGUUGAAUUCCAAGAUCUAAGUCAGGAAGCAGCGCAAGCUAAGCUUCAAUCCGUUCAGGCCAGGUCAGUCCAUGUUGGAGUUGUUCUCAACAAGCUGGAUUUGAAAAAACUGAUUGAACUCAACAAGUCACUGAGCAGUGGAAAAUUGUUGCUCAACCAAAGUCAAGUGCAUGAAAAGCUCAACAUGCAGCAGUUGUUGGUUCAGGUGGAGAAGCUCAAAACAGACCACUCAUUUUGCUACGCUAGAUUUGAAGACCUUACACUUGACCAAGCGAAAAGUAUUGUGAAGAACUGCAAUGAAAAUGCAAAAUUUGUCCUGUCUUUUUGUGACAUCUCUGAUUUCUAUGCCAGUGAGCUCAAUGAAGGACAAGUUAAUUUUAGUUUCGAUGGAUUGAGCCAAGAUAGCGCAAAAAUAGUUGUUCGAGUGCUUAGAAACGCACAUUUAGAGUUUUCAUUGGAAUUCAAGAAUUUGUCUGACAAGGAAGUGAGAUUCAUCUUGCAGCAUGCAAAUUUGGAACAAGAAGCCGUAGAAAUUAGCAAAGUUAAAAAUGUGUGCGAUUUAUUCAUGAAGAGUUCUUCACCCACUUUUGAGCUUAAUCAGUUUGUCUGCAGAGGUCUCGAGCACAUUAUUGAGAUAAAUGAGAAGUUAUUCGUUCCGUGGUGGAGUGUAACCGCUGUGGCUGCAUUGGGCGUUGGCCAAGUGUUAAUUGGAGGAGUGUUGAUGGCCACAGGAUUUGGGUCCUCACUCGGCAUGGGACUUGUGACGGAGGGUGUUGCUGAUGUGUUCAUAGCAUUCAGGGCAUUCAAGACAAGACAGUUUCAAUGGAGCGAUUAUUGCAAACAGAAAGCUGUGAGUCUGGCCAUAUCUGCUGCUACCAUGGGAUACUCCAAAUGGAAAGAGGGUGUGCAAAAUGCAGCGAAGGGAGUUGAGACCCUUGCUACUGGAAUGGCUCAAGAAAUGGCGGAACAAGUGGGCACACAGAUUAUUUCAAACAGUAAGGUUCUUGGUCAGGUUGUUUUGAGCACCGGCAAGAAUAUGAAAAGUUUGGCAUUUAAAGUUGUAUGCACCAAGGCUGCAGAGGCAGUAGCAAGAGAGGGCAUGAACACUGCCAUUCAAAACCUGUCCAACUUUUCAUUUGGUCUUCUCAAGCCUAAAAUUUCCGAGUCAGUGCAGGAAAGAGUGCGAAUGGCAUUCUGCCACACUGAACUCAUGAGACUUUUGCGAAAGUUUUAUGCAAUUGAUUUGGCCAGUGGUUCUCACCAACUCCAGUCCAAGGUUGAAAGCAUUGUGGCGGAAACUGUCAAUCCUCAACGGGACUUCAUGCAAAGACAAUUCGAUUCAAUAUGUUUGCCAUUAAUCAAAGGGGUUUUGUCUGAUGCGAACAGAUUUGGAAGCCAUGCCAGCCUUGUUAUUCGCAUGAUAUCCACACUCAAUGGUCUGCACCAGGUUACAACACUGGCCGAUACAGUGGUAAAAGCAAUCCUGCAGAAGCUUGGAUCGUAUGACAAGAAUUCUAUGACAAUGAGCCUUAUUCUGCACAAGAGCCAAAAGGUACCGAAAUUAACUGCCAUAGUCUUAGCUAAAAAAUUCAAAGAGCUUGAAAUCUUUGAUGAAAAUGAUGGCAUCGGCAUAUUAGACAGUGAUGCGAGUGAGAGUUGCGGAGAGGUAAGGGCAAAAAUUGACGCUUUGCAGAGUGCUUGGAAAACCACUCCUAAACAGAUGUUGGAUGAAUUGUCGGGACACCUUACUGACAGCUCCUCCUUGGAAGCAGAUGUAACAAAAAGCAUAGUUUUCAUUGACCACUUCUAUCAUAAAUUUGUGAGCAUUGACUUGGACUCCUUCAACACAAUUAUCAAGUCCGUUUCAGAUCAGAUCUCGCAACAGUUGGUGAAGGUGAUGGACUCGCAGCUUUUACAACCGUGGUCAACCUUGGCUGUUAGUGGCUUGACUGAUGCCAUUUCAAAGCGUCUGCAGCAUCAUAUUUUCGUGGAUGAGCGUGAAAAUUCUGACAGUCAGAAGGCUGACGAAAGCAAGUACCAAGAACUAUUAAAAAAACAAAGUUUGACUGCAGAAGAAAAAGCUUUCAUGGGCAAGUAUGGCCAAUUCAGAACGUUCGCCCAGCAACUUGACUACAACGCCAAGGAUUUCUGCACUGCCUACAGUCAGUGUGAAAUAUACUAUCAUGCGAGCAGAGAUGGUGCCUCAUCAACCCCACCAGAUCCGAAUGUUCAACAAAUGGCAAAUUCUGUCAGAGGAGGAGAACCAGCCAAUCUUGCUGUAAUGGCAGCUCUAGCUAAAAACAACGGGAUCAAAUUGAAAGUUGUAGAUGAUCCAAACUAUGUUAGAUCUCAAGAGGACAUUGAAAAUGGCGUUGAAGUAAUGUAUGUGAAAGAGGACCCUGGAAGCGGAGUUGGUCAUGCCUUCUACAUGGACAGUGAUGGGCAGAUCAAAGAUGUGAAAUCAGAAGGCUAUGAUUGUGCGUUUGCCGCCUUCAGCAAAAUUCUUGAAGGCAAAGGCAUUGAGAAAUCUGUGUCUGAUCUCAGAGCUGAAAUUGCCAAUAGCAUGGAGUCUAACUCAGCCAGCUUUACAAAGGCUUUAGCUGCUGAAACUUGGAUUAGGAAAAAUAACCCUGAAGCUGCCAAAAAUUUAUUCGUUGCUGGUCUAUAUAAAGACAGUACUACAGGAAGACUGAAACUGGAAGAUGGUGAUGUCGAAAAAAUGAUUACAGCCAUGAAGAACCCAAAAAUUAAAAGUGAUAGCAAAGCAGGAGGCUAUUUCAAGAGAAUGGUAAGAAAACGACCGGGAGACGAAACAAAAGAAGAUCGGGGAGACGAAACAGAAGAAACCUUACAUCACAUCCUUCCGCGAGCUGAAAUCACGGAGGCCGUCAUUGAGAGUCAGGCGCGUAAUCCAACCCAAUUCAGAAAAGAUUUCGAAGAAUACAUUAAUUUGCCAAAAAUCAAACGAGUCUUUGAAGAACAUUUGCUUGUCAAUACAAACGUUAACGCAGACGUUGACGUUCCCUUGAAAACACCUCAAUUUACUGGCACUAUUCUAUAUAAUUCAGUAAGCUGGUAUUCAAACAAUUUAGUGUACGGCCCAGCGCCUGAAAAGCGGAAAAAUGACCCGAAAAAUAGCCUUGACACAGAAAUUCUUGAAGUGCAAACUGAUGCGUAUCAGAAUGCCUCCUUGACGGCAUGGGACGCUAUCAAACCGGACAACGACAAACGAGACUUUGGACAGUACCUAGAAGCUGUAAAAGAUUUGACCCCGCCAGAUGCAAGAUGGAAGAAGGAUCAAGAUGGCAAAUAUGUUGCAAUGCCUGCAAAUACUACUGCAAAUACUACUGCGAAUACAAUGUGAAAUAUAAUGCAAGAGCUGUGAAUACUGAUUUAUGAUAAGUGCGCAUAUAUAGUUGUUGCUGAUAUGAAUGUCGAUACACAGUAAUUUGGAGACAGCAGCACCACGCAACCCUCGUCCUGCCUGACGUCAGUCACCCUGCCUGACAUCUGUCGUCCUUUGAUGCCUUGUCUGACGUCUGUCGUCCUGUCUGACGU